UCGCCCAACCUCGGUCAGUCGGACUCGGGCGGAGUUGGAGGGGGCGGAGGUACGGCAGGGGGGCCGUCCAAGCUCCAGGCUUUGCACGCUCAGUAUUGCCACGGCAACAGUGGCGGAGGAGGAGCCAAUGUUACUGGGCACCAGCAGCAGCAGACGCCGCCCCCGCCCUACCACCACCAUCACCGCUACCACGUGCAGAACAUCCCGCAGCACCACGCCCUCGCGCACAGGUUCUCUGCGCCCCGGCGGCAGGGUCCGCAAGGCUGCGCUCCCUCUCAUAUCCAGCAGCAUCAGAGGAUGCAGCAGGGCGUCGCCGGCCAGCACCCCCGCUACAACCUGGGCUUCAUCACGCCGCCGCCGUUGUCCCCGCACUCCCCCAUCACCCCUACUACCCCGCACGGACUCUACCACUCGCACCCGAGGCCGGGCGGAGGCGGCGGCAAGCUCCCGCUGACCAUCUCGCACUCUCAGCCCCACCCCCACGCUCACACA